GCGCUGUCUUUCCGCGGAAAAGCCGCGAAAACUACGUCACGAGUGACGGAUUCGGUCAAAACUGGGACAAAGUGCAGUGCACUCUGGCAUUGCGCUUUACCCACCAGGUGUUUCUAUGCCGUAAUCUUCUCAGGAUUGGGUAAUACUCAUACCGUUGCACCUUGCUCUCGAAUACCUGCUCAAUCUCCGAUACGAGAGACUUGACACACAACUAGGUACCAUAGACUGACAGGUUAGAUGAAGGAUUCAAGAUAGUUCCACCGUUUGGUAUCAUGUCAGAUGGAGUCGAUGGUGGCGGCGGGGAAAACGAGGUAGACUCUCAUUCCUCUUCGCAUGCAGAGGCUGGUGAUUCUUCUAAUCACAGAGAAGAAGAAGCACUGGAUCCAGACAACGAAGCUGCUCUUAAUACUAAUUAUGAUAGUAGCGAUGGAGCCGUUCCAGCAUUUAGAUGUGAUAGGUGUGACAAUUAUGAAACUAUAAAUAAGACAGCAUUUUGUGCUCAUCAAGAUCAAUGCAUUGGAAACGGUGAACCAGGAGAAAGCACAGAGGGUAUUGAUGGACCUGAAAAUGAUGGAGAUGGAGACGAGGGUCAUUCAGGCUUGCGAACCCAUAGAAAAAUAUUUGAGUGCGAUGUUUGCAACAUGAAAUUUUCUAAUGGGGCUAAUAUGAGAAGACACAAGAUGAGGCAUACAGGUGUAAAACCAUAUGAGUGUCGUGUAUGUCAGAAAAGAUUUUUUCGCAAAGAUCAUCUUGCAGAACAUUUUACCACUCAUUCUAAAACUUUACCAUAUCAUUGUCCAAUAUGUAAUAGAGGUUUCCAAAGACAAAUUGCCAUGAGGGCACAUUUCCAAAAUGAACAUGUAGGACAACAGGAUAUGGUCAAAUCAUGUCCAUUGUGUAGUUAUCGAGCGACUACAAUGAAAUGUCUUAGGUUGCACUUUUUUAACAGACAUGGAAUAGAUUUAGAUAAUCCAGGACCAAACAGUUCAACUUCAAUAUUAAAUAGUUGCACACCUGGGGAAGCCAUGCCAUCUGCUCCCCUAUCCGACAGUGGUGACAGUACUGGCAAUAGAUCAGCGGACAAUGCAACUCCUCCAAUGCACUUUCUUACUCCUCACGUUGAAAUAUCCAUUCCUUACCCGGAACAAACUACCAACCAACGAAAUUCAAGUCCUGCUCCACUAAAUGGUGAUAGUCCAAAUAGUCCACAAAGUGCUGAUAGCAAUAGUAACGCUCCAAGCAGUAGUCAUCAUCAAUUACCCAUUAACAGUAGUGGCAUUCAUAGGAGUGUGGGUGGCGGAGAAGAAGCUAUCACACCUUCAAUCUCUUUAAUUCCUAUUAAACAAGAGCCAAAUAGCAAUGGUAUGGAAGAUAGUGGAGCAACAUCCAGUAAUCUGUCAUUGCCAUCGUUAAUCAAGGUUUCACCAUUGAAGACAUUAUUGCGAGAUGAUCUAUGUCGUAAACUUUCAACAAGUUGCAGUAACAAUAAUAACACUAAUAACAAUAAUGGUUCAAAUUCCAAUUUACAUUCGAGGGGUGAACCCCCAACAUCGACGAGACCCGAUCCACGAAGCAGUGGUUUACAGUGUAUGCACUGUAGAAUUACUUUUCCAGAUCAGACAUUGUACUUUCUUCAUAAGGGUUGUCACAGUGAGAGCAAUCCAUGGAAGUGCAACAUAUGUGGUGAGCAGUGCUGUAACUUGUACCAAUUUAAUUCGCAUUUAUUGAGCAAAAGUCAUCAGUAGCAGCGAACAAAAAAUAUGCAAUGGCAUAUCAUUUUUCACUCUUUAUUUAAAACCAACUUAUCCAAAAAGGGUACGUAAAAUUAUAUGUAAAAUAAUAUUCCCAUAUAUGAGAAGAGCAUGUGCCACGAAAAUAUAAAUAUAUGCAUAUAUAUAUAUAUAGAGAGAGAGAGAGAGAAAGAAAGAGAGAUUAUAUAUUUAAUAUAUAUAUAGAUAUAUUUAUAUUUUCACACACUCAAAUAUAAAAACUCGAUCCCCAACGAAGUACUUUUAACAAGAAAAUACACACACACACAUAUAUAUACAUAUAUUUAUCCCAAUACGUAGUUAUUUUAAAUUGUGAAUUUUGGUAAUAGCCAUGUGCUGCCUUCCCCCUUUAAAAAAUUCUGCGCGUAAUGGGAGGAUUUGUGCCUUUUUUCAAAUUUGCCGACUUUUACUCGUCCAUCAUAUUGUCAUCAUGCGAACGAUCCGUCCAUAGAGCUUUACAGAAUUAUUCCAAGCUCUAUAAGUAGUAUUAACUUACAAUUAGAUAUAUAUAUGUAUAUUGGAUGAGACAUCUAAAACUAAACCUGCGAAUAUUUUGAAAAUAUGUUUAAAGUCGAAAAGAUUAAUACAAUUUAAGUAGAUAACAUUUAUCUAAAAAUGAUCAAAUUGUAAUUUGCUUGUCAAUCUGAAUUGAUAUUAUUUUGUAAUUGCUGUAUAUUGGAAUCCAUUUUCAAUGAAACGUAUUUCUUUAGAGAAAUUAAGCGACAUAUUAAAUUCAAUUUCAAUGUUAGCUGACUCAUCCGAUAUAUUUUACAGAUUAAACACAUUAGAACAGUCUUAGACUGUUAAAAAAAAAAAAAAAAAA